ACGCACCAAAAGUAAGGAGCGAAACCCACACGCGCGAUUUAGUAUGCGAGGACGCACAUAAUCAUUUCAUAUCAGUCAUUUAGUUCAGAAACCGCAAGCUGUGUGGACAAGUGUCAUUCAGACAGCAAAAUUGUGACCUAUUUCUAAUACGGAAGUUCAUAGGAUGUCCAAAUUGUCAGUGACUAAGUUUAGCAAGAAAGCGGGUAGCCCUUUUCAUAAACCGAAAGACAGUCAAGAAGACAUAGUCGUAGUACAUGAAGAAAUACAGAAAACACAUAAAGAAACUCAGAAGGAGAUGCAGAAUGAAUUGUUGCAGAAAGUGAAUAAGAAAACAGCUGAAUAUCAAGCACACAAACCCAGUUCUGGUGUGUUUACUGAAGUGGUCACUCAUGGCGCUUUCACGUCUAAAAACAACAAAGAACAACCUAAAUUGGAAACGUCUUCAACACCAGCUAAAGCAGUCAAUGGUAAUAAUGGGUCAAAACUGCUUGGAUUCCCAUCAUCAGCCAAUGAUCUAGCUCUAGACGCCAAAACGGAUUUGGAAUCGGACCCAAACAUUUCUAAAGAAGUAAAAGAAAUGGUUAUUGAAAAACUGUUUGCAUUGGCGUCUAUGGUGCAACACAUGUACGAGUCAAAAGUUCGUGUGAUGACAGAAUAUGAAAAAUUCAAAGAUACGCAUUUAAAAAAUGAAAUAAGAAGAGAGAAGGAGCACUCGGAACAAUUGUACAAAAUAAAUAUGAACUUUCAAAAUGAAGUGAUUCAAUCAAUGCAGCGAUUGAGAAGUGAACUGGAUAUAUCGAGGAAUGUUACGAAAGACAUCGAGGAGAAUAGUACAAGUUCAGGUCGAAAGGAUAGUUCCAUUGAAUUUAGUGCCGCUGAAGAUAAUCAACACUCCCAAAUGAAAAUCAACAAUAAUGUGGAAGAAAACGAAUAUAAAACAGACUAUGAAAAUACCGAUAACGUAACAAAUUUAAACGUUGCGUGAUAAUUUUUUGCGGAAUUAAAAUUAUUUAUUUUUAUUUUAAUUACUUAUUCAAUUAAUAAAGAAAUUCUAUAUGUUGU